AUGCUACCAGCUGCAGCAGAUCUCGCUGUCUCCAUCGCCUUCUGCGGCUGUUGCUACUGCUUGCGGCUGUCUGUGUAUACCACCCUGCAGCAGCAGCUGGGUCGUGCCUUCGUUACUACGGCGGGUCGUUUGCCCAUAAUACCCCCGCAGCCACUUCAAACGGAAGGGCCUUCUGCAGCAGCAGCAGCAACCGGAGCAGCAACACCUUGUCAAUCGGGAGCUCCUUCCCCCUCCUCCCUUCUGCUAUGGAAGGCAGGCAACUGCAGCUCGGUGGAUAUCGUCUCGCUUCUGUCCAUCGAGCAGCGGCAGCAGCAACAGCAACAGCAGCAACAGCAACAGCAGCAACAGCGGUCUUAA